CAUCAGAAAUAUACGCAUCUACACAUCUAAAUAUAAGCAUCUAAAUGAAUCAACAUCUAAAAACAUCACUCAACAAAAAGUGAAGAGAAGUUGUGGCAUCCAGGAAGACAUGCAGUUGAUUAGCUUCCAAAUGCUUGCUUGCUCAUGUAAGUUCUAAUAUAGGAAUAUCUACAUCAUUUUCUCCAUCAUUUCCAAACCUUUAGAAAGUGGAAUUAGCACCUCCAUGUUUUGAGCCAGGACAGACAACAUCUAUGACUACCUUAGUCCUGAUUUUAACCUUCUGCAGUUGGACCCAUGUAAGGGGACACUUGCACCCUUACGCCCACCGGUAAAGAUGACCAUCCUGACUAGACAUCUACCGAACACUUGCUAAUCUCUAUCUGAUGUCACUUGACCUUUCAAUUGUUGAUUGGCAGAAACAGGGGUCAGAUUAUUUUCCUUCAAGGUCGUCAUUUUCCGGAACUAGGCUUGUGACUUGGUGGGCUAAGUGGCAUCAGGAGCUAGGAGGCAAUCUGACGUCCCUGAAAGGUUGUCUCUCUGGUACGGCUAUAAAAGCACUCUUAUGGUCUUCAGGCAUCAGAGAGUGUCAGAGGAUGGUUUGGCGUGCAUAGAAAGAGACACACACACACAGCCAUACGUUCACAGACUGCACGGGAGAGACGCUGAGGAGAAACUUUACGAAGAAGGAGUACAAUCUUACCGUGCGACAGUGAUGUUGAAAGGACUAAAGAUGCUGUGUCUUGUAUGGACGUUGGCCAUGGCAAUGCUUUGCGUCCUCGCUAUGGAAGUCAGCAGUCAAUGCUGGGAGAGCGCCUACUGCCAAGACCUCAGCUCCGAGGAGAACAUGUUGGAAUGCAUUCAGCUGUGUAGGUCAGACCUCACAGCCGAAACCCCAGUCUACCCCGGCGAUGGCCACCUCCAGCCCCCAGAGCAAGAGGGGAAUGACGUAGACUCUCUGCCCGCCCUCCCCCUCACCCCCGCAGGGUCCCCCCAGGACCUGUCCGAGGGGAAGCAGGCCUUCCCCAGGCACGAGGAGAAGCGCUCCUACUCCAUGCAGCACUUUCGCUGGGGCAAACCAGUUGGCCGCAAGCGCCGGCCCAUCAAUGGCUCCGACAAUGGUGCGAAAGAUGAGUCUGCCAAGGCACUGCCGGCGGAGAUGCGGAGAGAUGCGGACUACGGCCUGGACAAAGAGGAGAACAUGCUGGCUGGGCUGCUUCAGCAGAAGAAAGACGGCUCGUAUAAGAUGAACCACUUCAGGUGGAGCGGGCCGCCAGCCAGCAAGCGGUACGGCGGCUUCAUGAAGUCAUGGGACGAGCGGAGCCAGAAACCCCUGCUGACUCUCUUUAAGAACGUCAUCAACAAGGACGCACAGCAGAAGAAAGAUCAGUGAAUGGAGUGGGGCGGGGAUGGGGGUGGGGGGGGUGCGGAGAAGGGAAGCGAGAGAAGGAGCGAGAGAGGAGAGGAGAGCAGAUGGAUGAGAUGGAUGAAGGGAGAGAACGUGAAGGAGAGAGGAGGUGAGGAAAAGAAAGGAAAAAAGGAUACACGACACUGACCCAUGAGAUUUUCCCCUCGCUUUUUGUUUCCCUCCGUAAAGAGGGGACAUAUUUGCUUUUUCUCCCCUUACUAACCCUAGCACACAGUAAGUAGAUUGCUCUGUAAUAUUGCUGGGGGUACCAAAAGUAACUCCAUAAUUAACAUUGCUAUCAAGAAAUAAAUUCUGAAUAUUGUACA